GCCCGUUAGCACGGAACUAUCGACGGAAAAUCCCCUCCGCAGCGCAGAAGCAAAAGGCCUCCCAAUCCCCUCCACCUCCGCCGCCGUUCUUCUCCGUCCGCCCGCGCUCCAGCCGCGCCCUUCGCGUCGCCACCUACCUGCCUCGACUUCUCAGCCGUAGGCGGCGCCAUGUCUCAGAACAACCCCUCCCAGCUCCUCCCCUCAGAGCUGAUCGACCGGUGCAUCGGAUCUAAGAUUUGGGUGAUCAUGAAGGGAGACAAGGAGCUCGUCGGCACCCUCUGCGGCUUCGACGUCUACGUCAACAUGGUCCUCGAGGACGUUACUGAGUAUGAGUAUACCGCUGAGGGGCGGCGCAUAACGAAACUUGAUCAGAUCCUUCUCAAUGGCAACAACAUAGCCAUAUUGGUUCCUGGUGGUUCACCGCCAGAUGCUGCAUGAGCUAGCAAGCACUUCUGGAGGAUAUCUGUGUGAGGCUAAACGAAACGCGGUGAAGUGUGAACCUUGUAUUGCGGAAGCGCUGGAUAUUUACUUGGUCGAAUGUGCUUUCCUCUGUAUGGAACCCACUGACCUGAAAGAUGCACCUGCGAUUGCUGCACUUGUAUGAUUUGGCACCCGGAAAUGCUAAUUGUGACGUGUCUCUAGUUGAUGUUUAUUUUUUCAUCAUUAUGCAAUGCUUCUUUGCACGAUUGCA